UUUUAUUACUUGUACCGUCAAGUAUGCUUGGGCGUGCUUUUGGAGCAACAAGCAUCUUCGCCAAAGGCUCCGGUUUUGGAUCAAAGAGACGAUGAGAAUUCUCCAGAUCUUAACAAGAAAGCUCUCUUCUUCCCAGAUUCGAAGCACAGCGCCUUCGUCAACUUUCUCCUCUCGUCAAUUUCACUCUCUCUCCAAUCCAGCGUCAUUCGGCAUUGCUUUCGACAUUGACGGCGUCCUGCUACGUGGCAACAUUCCUAUCGGCAGCUCUCCUCAAGCUCUCAAAAGCCUCUAUGAUGAUUCUGGUACUCUGAAAGUUCCCUAUGUAUUCUUGACCAAUGGGGGUGGUGUUCCUGAAUCUAAAAGAGCAAAGGAGUUGGCCAGAUUAUUGGAUGUCAAUAUCCUACCUUUACAGGUUAUACAGGGGCAUACACCAUUCAAACAAUUGAUGAAAAGAUUUGAGGAUGAGCUUGUUGUUGCUGUUGGAAAAGGAGAACCCGCUGAAGUGAUGUCUGAAUAUGGUUUUAAAAAUGUUCUCUCCAUAGACGAGUAUGCAUCUUAUUUUGACAACAUUGACCCGUUGGCCCAAUACAAAAAAUGGACAGACAAGCAGGAUGUUAAUCAGAAUAGCAAGUCUAAGCAUGUAGCUUUCAGCAAUGAUCCAUGCUCACAGAGAGCGCAAGCAGUCUUUGUUGUUAGUGAUUCUGUUGAUUGGAGCAGGGACAUCCAGGUUCUCUGUGACAUUCUAAGGACUGGAGGGCUACCAGGAAAAGAGAUUGCACACCAGCCACCACUCUUUUUUGCAAACGAUGAUCUUGCCUAUCAGGCCCUGUUUCCAUCUGAACGACUUGGCAUGGGUGCUUUCAGAAUUGCAUUAGAAUCCGUCUUCAAUGCUAUCCACCCUGCUGCGCUGAAGUAUACGUCAUAUGGGAAACCAAAUCCUUUUGUAUUUAAAAAUGCGGAGACAGUAUUGAUGCAAGUUUUACAAUCAUCUCACUAUAACAAUCAGGUAGAUGGUAGAGAGCAGUUUUUCAAAACCUUAUAUAUGAUUGGCGAUAAUCCCGCCGUUGAUAUCAAAGGAGCUCGACAGGCUGGAAAUCCUUGGUUCUCUAUUUUGACAAGGACUGGAGUCUUCAAGGGGAAAGAAAAUUAUGACGAAUGCCCAGCAGAUCUGGUUGUGGACACUGUGGAAGAAGCAGUAGACUACAUUUUGAGCAAGGAGUGUAUCUCAUGAUGCACAUCUGGUAAAAGUCUCACCAUGAUUUUACCUUAUAUAUGUUAAUUGGGGGCAAUGAGGAAGUUGGUGGAUCUCACAGCUUAGCAAAUCACUAUUUAUUAGCAAUUUUUUUUCCUUCCUUUUUUUGGUACAAGGAAAAAUUCAAAUUUGUUCUUACUGCAAUAAAGCAUUGGUUAGAGCUCGUCCCCUGUUGAAGAAACAAGUACUGCAAACCUGAUUCUUAAUCUUAGAGAAAAGUACGUGAAGAUAUUUAGCACAUCAAGCCGAGUUGAUUCUUUGUCCAUAUCAUUUCUUGAUGUAAACGAUCUUGAUAGCUGAGUGUCCUAAUGUGUCAUUCUUAAACUUUAAAUGACUUUGUUAUGGAGUAGGCUCCGGCUUCUUCUAGGAUUUUAUUUCACAGGUUACUUGAUAGAUCAAGUUUUGCAAAAUAGAAGCUCUCUGCUAUUUGUUUAACCGUUCA